GUCUCCUGUUAUAUGCCUAGUUCACACUGGAGCGGUGUGACCCUUACCUAUCAGGGGCUAUUUCAAAGCAGACUUGUUCAGCGGAGCGCUCAGCUCUUUGUCCUCAGGCAUCAACUCCAUGUCGGCGAAUACACUGCAAGAUAUUCUCAUCGACGUCUUGAAGGACAAACAGUACAAGAAAACAAUGUUUGCAAAACUCGCUGUCUUAGUAUACGGCGCCCAUGCUGUUGGUCUUGCGUACCUAGCUCCUUCGUUGACGGGACCUAUCACACAGAUAGGUGUUACAGCAAUCGGAGCUACUGGUGGGCCGAUGGUCGGUAUCAUCUUUCUAGGGGCAACGUUUUCACAAGCAAACUGGAUAGGAGCGUUUGCAGGCGGAAUCAUCAGUAUUGUUGUAAACAUGUGGGUAGCACUUGGCUCCGUCCUUUACGGGGCAAAGGCCCCGACAUCCCUUCCUGUCUCAAUAGAAAGUUGCCUCACACAAAACCUGACAUCACUGUCCGCGUUCAACCUGACAAAUACACUUGCCACUGUUACAAACUUUACGACGCAAGUUUCUCAACCUUUUAGACUGAACAUGUUCAAGAAGGAACGCAUCUAACUAUUUAUCACAUCUCCUACAUGUACUUUGGUCUGCUUGGAUUCAUGGUCACAUUUAUAUGUGGACUGGCUAUCAGCAUGUGUACGGGUAUGGAUAGGGAAGAUCCGACAGAGGAAGAAUAUAUUUUUCCCUGUCUCCGUGGGUUCUGGAAAAUUGGCUACACCAAAACCUCAAAUCAACCCGUUGACGCUGCCGACAUGUCGUAAUAUCUACGACGAUUGGACUUUACUUCGGUUUUUACAAAAAGCAAAGAACCACAGAAGAGUACCUACUAGGAGGACGGAAAAUGAACCUACUUCCGGUCGCCUUGUCGCUCGUCGUCACCUUCCAGUCAGCUAUAUCCGUGCUUGGAGUUCCGAUGGAACACUAUAUUUAUGACACGAUGACAAACUACAUGUUUGUGGCAAUAAUGAUUGCGAACGCCAUCCAGGCCCUCGUCUUGGUGCCGCUUCUUUACCCGCUACGGCUCACCAGCACUUACGAGUAUUUUGGUCGACGUUUCAAGUCGAGAGCUGGUCAGUUGCUUGGAACCAUCAUGGGGAUGCUCCAAACGUUACUCUAUAUGGCCAUUGUCCUGCUUGCACCAGCAUUAGCCCUCGAAGCAGUCGCAGGCAUUCCGCUAUGGCUGUCGAUAGUUGUUGUGGGUAUCAUUGGGACGUUUUACACUUCCAUAGGUGGUAUAAGGACAGUGAUAUGGACAGAUGUCUUCCAGUUCAUUAUAUUGUAUGCCGGACUAGUCGUUAUUCUCAUAUUGGGAAUAAACAAGGUUGGUGGCGUGAACCGUUUGGGAGAGAUCGCUGUCGCAGGAGACCGAGUAAAUUUUAGCACAACCGACCCGGACCCCCGAGUUCGGCACACGGUCUGGGGUCUCCUGAUUGGCGGAAUGUUCAACUGGUUACCGAACUGCUGCAACCAGUCAGCCGUACAGAGAAUCUGCUCCAUGAGAUCCGUCAGGGAUGCUAAAAUGUCGUGCCUGUUGAACAUCCCUCUUAUUGUGAUUUACGGAGUUGUGCUAUCCCUGGUGGGUCUCUUGCUGUAUGCCUACUUCACACUUGAGCAAUGCGACCCCUACCUAUCAGGGGCUAUAUCAAACAAUAACCAGCUGGUCCCAUAUUUCGUGAUGCGAGUGUUUCACAACGUUCCCGGCUUAGCGGGAAUAUUCAUAGCAGCCUUGUUCAGUGGAGCGCUCAGCUCGCUGUCUUCAGGCAUCAAUUCCAUGUCAGCGAAUACGCUACAAGAUCUUCUGGUGGAUGUUUUAAAGGAUGCUCAACAGUACAAGAAGACAAUGAUUGCAAAACUCGUUGUAUUGGUGUAUGGUGCACUUGCUGUUGGACUGGCGUACCUCGCUCGGUCAAUGGCUGGACCUGUCACGCAGAUAGCUGUGACUGCGAUGGGCGCGGCCGGUGGACCAAUGGUCGGUAUCCUUUUUCUUGGAGCAACGUUUCCACAAGCAAAUUGGAUAGGAGCGUUUGCGGGAGGAAUCAUAGGUAUUGUUGUGAACAUGUGGGUCGCUAUUGGCUCCGUCCUCUAUGGAAACAAGGCGCCGAAAUCUCUUCCUGUUUCAAUAGAAGGUUGCAUAGCACAAAACCUGACAUCAUUUGCGACGUUCAACCUGACCAAUACAGAGUCCACUGUUACAAACUUUACGACGACUGAAAGUGUUCAACAAAGCAUGCACUUAGCUAUUUAUGAUCUCUCAUACAUGUAUUUUGGAUUACUUGGAUUCCUCGUCACUUUUAUUUUUGGCCUUUUCAUCAGCUUGUGCUCAGGUAUGGAUCGAGAAGACCCAACGGAGGAGGAAUAUAUAUUUCCAUGCCUCCGAGGGUUCUGGAGAGUCGGCUACAUUGCAUCCUCAAAACCACCAACGUUCACUGUCAUCAAAACGAAAACAGAAAAAGUGGACCAUCAAGAAACAAUAGCUCCCAUUAAAGGCCUGGAAAUGACUCGAUGGUACAAUAAUAGAAAUACUGCAAUUACCGAGUGAAAACAAGCGCUACCCCAAUCGUUACUACUCGGCCAUUCCCGGAGCCCGGAAUAUAGACCAUUUCUUUGGAUAUUAGCCGACUUUGUUCCGAUUGGCCAUAUCCAUAUAUCAAUUUUAGUAGUGUAUAUACAAAUGUAUUGUCAGUAAAGCCAUAUCCAGAAUUUUA